AUGUGGAUCGUCAACUGGUUUUACGAUGUGCUUUCCUCUCUAGGACUGCUCAACAAGCACGCCAAGCUGUUGUUCCUCGGCCUCGACAAUGCCGGAAAGACGACUCUGCUGCACAUGCUCAAGAAUGAUCGAGUCGCCAUUCUCCAGCCCACACUCCACCCCACAUCCGAGGAGCUCGCAAUCGGAAACGUCCGGUUCACCACCUUUGACCUCGGUGGCCAUCAACAGGCUCGCCGUAUCUGGAGAGACUACUUCCCCGAGGUCAACGGCGUCGUCUUCCUGAUCGAUGCCAAGGAUCACGAGCGAUUCGGCGAGGCCAAGGCCGAACUCGACGCCCUACUGGCCAUGGAGGAGCUCUCCAAGGUGCCCUUUGUCAUCCUCGGCAACAAGAUUGACCACCCCGACGCCGUCUCGGAAGACGAGCUGCGACAUCAACUUGGUCUGUACCAGACGACGGGUAAGGGCAAGGUUCAGCUGGAGGGUAUCCGCCCGAUCGAGGUCUUCAUGUGCUCCGUCGUCAUGCGGCAAGGCUACGGUGAGGGCAUACGGUGGCUCUCGCAGUACGUCUAA